AUGGCGGUGAAUGUCUACUCCACCUCCAUGACCAUAGAGAACCUGAGUCGCCAUGACAUGUUGGCGUGGGUCAACGACUCUCUACAGCUCACCUACACAAAGAUCGAGCAGCUCUGUUCGGGUAAUGCAUACCUUUCUUAAAUGUUGAGCCUGUAAUUAAGACUUGAAAAUUGAUUCAACCCAAAAGUGGAUCUAAAUGACUGCAUUUUCUUUCUCUAGGUGCAGCUUACUGUCAGUUCAUGGACAUCUUGUUUCCAGGCUGCAUACUGUUGAAGAAAGUCAAAUUCAAUGCCAAACUGGAACAUGAAUACAUCCACAAUUUCAAGGUCUUACAGGCAGCAUUCAAAAGAAUGAAUGUGGACAAGGUGAGACCACCCUCACAUAAACGCACAUAGCCCACUCAGACUUAUCCUGACAGAUUGGAUUAAAGGAGACCUGUCAUACUGGUUCUUACUUUUCUUAAUGUCAGUCUGAAACACAUGUAGUGAAGCUUUGCAUGAUUUACUGCACACACCCAUUAUUUAUGAUAUUGUUAAAUUAGCUGCUGUAAUGAUGUGACUUACAGUUUGUGGUUCUGAGCCUUCACAGGAGGUCUUUGUGGAUGUAAGUGCUCCAGGUUUCAGAAACAGUUUAGAUGCAGGUCUAUCUGCUGUUUGCUUUUGUUUACAAAAGAAUCUUCAGUGAAGGUUCUUGUGACAUGUAGCACGAGUUUGUUACUCCACUUUCAGUACAUUGUGGUCUCAGUGCCAUGUAAAGUGAUAAGUGGUUUCAACAUAAAUUAACAAUCAAGGGUGUUAUUCUUCCUAUGUAGAGCUUAGCCUGAAAUGUUUCUAUCAUUCUCACAUUAAGAAGACAAAAAAUGUGAAAACAGGUCUGACUGGGCCAGACAUAUCCCACAUGAACCCAUUUUACAGUAAUCCUCCAGCACUUGUGUACGUAAACGCAACGUGUCACACUAUACAGCUUUAUCUUUCUCCACACUGAAGCUCUUGGGUCAGUAAACCUCUCACAGCUGAGGGGCUACAAAAUUAAGCUCAUUGUUUCAUUAAAACUUGAGUGGAAGUUUUCCCCACAUGUUAAAUCAUUCAACCAUUACUGUGACCCUUACAAGCUCUUACUUUCCUUGUUGCAUUUUUGGUCUACCAUGCAUAAACAUAAGCAUUUCUUUUGGACCCAGGUUGCCUCUUAACCCAUGCAGAUCUGAACCCUGUCUGAGACACGCCUCUGAAAUCCUGAGGGCAAUUUUGAGAAGUGCUCCCAGAUCCUGAGGUUUUCUGAAGUGUUGAGGUUUACAAAAAAAAACUGAUAUCUCGGCCUCUGUUGCAGAUAGAAACAAAAUUCAAAAAGUAUUUAAGAGCUUACACACAUGGCUUUCUGGAUAACUAUCUUUUAUUUUUCUGAACCGUCAUCAAAUCAUUGAAAACCUUGAACAAAAAAACUCAAAUGAAAUAAAGCAGCUGUAUAAAUAAAAGUAAAGGCUGUGCACUGGAGGCUAACAAACAAUUUGCUUUCUGUAAAACAAGUGGCAGUCAUGAUAAAGUGUCCAUUCAGUACAAAUGUAUAUAUAAAAAAUAAGGUGUUAAAAGGGUAUGCAGCUGCCCUAGUAUAGUGCCAGUACAAAAGCAGCUCUGAAAAAUAAAAAAUAAAUAAGUGUCUGACAGUGUGUCCAUCUCUGUACUCAUCCAAAGUCAUGCAACACUCACAGAAAUCGCUGAUAGUGUGAUCCAAAGCACUCAAUAUGAAAAGGUUGUUCACACUGCUGGAUACUUCUCCUCCGAAGCUGCUCUCUGUCUUGUCAUUGUUUACCAUCUUCACGAAGCACAUAGCAAGAUCCGAGCAUGAAUCCGAUCGCUUUAUUAAGCUUUAUUAAGCUUUAUUAAGCUUUAUUAGUCACAACUCCAGAAAUGCUUAAAAUACUACCGAAUGUUAAAAAAUGACAUAUCCGCGCUCCUGGCUUGAAGGGUAGAAAUGCGCAGCAGCGCCACCGGCUUGGAAGGUUGAAAUGCGUACACGCUUCUCCCAGCUUGAAGGGUUAAAAUACCUACAUGCACCCGGCUUUCCGGGCAGAAAUGCACAGCCACGCUCCCGGCUUUGAAGGUUGAAAUGCGUGCAUGCUGUCCCGGUUUAAAUGGGUUAAACUAUAGCAGCUUUUUAAAAUCCUUCAUUAUCUGUUUUGUCUCUCUCCUCCACUUCAAUCUCCUCUCUUUUACUCUCCCUUUCUCUUUCUACCCCUCACUCUUCGUCUCACCCCUUUCUUGUUGUUUCUGUGCUACUUGUAGAUCAUCCCCGUAGAGCGGCUGGUGAAGGGUAAGUUCCAGGACAACUUUGAGUUCCUUCAGUGGUUUAAGAAGUUUUUUGACGCCAACUAUGACGGGAAAGAAUACGACCCGAUAAUGAUACGGCAGGGCCAGGAAGGAACACCACCACCCAACCAAGGUAUGGAAACACAAACUGAAAAUCAUGUCAGCUGUGUGGGAACUUGAAAGCUUUCAUUUCAUUAUGCUCACCACUUCACGCAACCGCAUCCCCACCUUUUAACCCAGGUGACCCCAUUCCCAACAAACCUAAAAGACCUGCUCGCCCAGGUAACAUCCUAGCAUCGAGCAUGUGUGUGUGUGUGUGUGUGUGUGUGUGUGUGUGUGUGUGUGUGUGUGUGUGUGUGUGUGUGUGUGUGUGUGUGUGUGUGUGUGUGUGUGUGUGUGUGAGCUUCUCAUUGCUUAUGAUGCCUCACCUAGAUCCUGUAGAUUUGUUUGACUCUGGUUUGUUGUUUUAUUAAGGGGUCCGAUUCUGUGUCUUGAGCAAUCAGCUAAAACUUAUCUUAAUAAAAACAAAAUUCACUCUCACAAAAGUACGCUGAAAAUAGUCAAUAAGUAAGACAGUCAGAUGAGCAGAACUGAACAAUAACAUGAGCUGUAAGGACUAACUGCGUCUACAGAAGCAACACAGCAUGGACAGAAAUCAUAUUGCUCAAGUAUAUCCAAGCAUCUAAGUGAUUUACAGGACUGAUUUUGCUCUGUGAUUUUAAUCUUCACUGAAAUAGAUCAUGAUGUGGCAUUUAUAAUUACUUGAUAAUUCACAAUCCAGAUCAUAAAACACAAUCUGAAAGAAUGCAAUUUCUUACAGAAGUUUAAAAAAUGCAAAAAAAAAACAUAAACGUUAACAUUAUGACAAUGAAGCAUGAGCUCCAUGUCUGCUAGUUUACUACAGAUUGAUCACAAAAAAAAAACCUUUAACAGACUAAACACAUCUAUCCAAACUGAUGUAGACAGAUAACCUGUCUGUGCAUGUUUCUGUCUUUCAGGCCCUAUGAGAACAUCCCCCACAGCACCCAAGAGUGUUCCCACCUCUCAGAGGCAGAUCAGCGUAGCAGCCCGCAGGAGCGCUCCAGUGUCCCGCAACGGAGGAGAUGCUGAGCUUAUAGAGUUGAACCAGCAGGUAACACGACUAAAGUGUCCUGUUCACCUAUGAAAAAACUAUUGUUACAGAACUUUUUAACCCCACAAAGUUCCAGCUGCAGAUCUCACUGUAAGUACCAGGUUUGAUGGCGCCCUUCAGUGCUUGUUUAGGUUAGCCACGCAUGAUCUGAAAGUUUUCAAAAUUUCACUCUGACACUGCUCCACUUUGAGAGUCAUUUUUGGCACAAGCAAUACCACGAUAAGAAUACUUAUCAGGCCCAAGCUGGCCCAAACUGCUCCCUCUCAUGAUGAAAUAUAAACUCAAGGUCACGGUGCCCUUGAUGGUGUACACAGAGUUUUUGGUGUGACUCAGCUAUUCCUGCGUAGGCACUGUGGAUCAUUUUAGAGAACAUGACACAAACACUUUGGUAAUCAACUAGUAAGCAUUUCAAGUACUAAAGCUGUGCUUGAUGCAGUAUACUACAUUUAUCAGUUAUAUUUAUAGUGGAAAUUUACCCUUCACUGGAGGAUUAUUUAUGAGUAUAUACUAGCAGUUUUAUUUAAUCUAAAUAAACCAGGGCUGAUUUUAUUUAAUUUUGUUGAAGGGGUCUGUAAGUAAAUAUACCAUGACAUCUUUUGAGUUCUCAACAAGGUAUGUUCAUGUUUAUUACGUUAAGUUAUUAUCAUUAUCUUUGCUAAUAGCUGCUGGAUCUGAAGUUGACUGUGGAAGGACUGGAGAAGGAGAGGGACUUCUACUUCGGGAAGCUGAGAGACAUUGAGAUCAUCUGCCAGGAGCAUGAACCUGAAAACAACCCCUCCCUGGCGAAAAUCAUGGCGACAUUGUAUGCUACAGAGGUAAAUCAAGGCAGAUCACACACAGAGCCCCUGCUCUAUUAGAUAAUAUUGUGAGAUAUCAUAUUUUCAUUUGAAUAAGGUAUAUUCAAAUGGAAAUAACAGUUCAGUUUCCAAAUGUUGCUUCGUUUGAAGUACCACUGGUAAUCAAGCAACACAUUUACUGUUGUGUAAGAGGCCCAGGCAGCCACUGCUUUAAUUUCUACUUCUGCACUGUAGGAUGAUGCUGCAUGAUACAGAGCAGUGUCUUAAGAAUUUAGGGCAAGUUUCAAGAAGGAGAAGAAGUUGUGACGUAAACAGCCUCACAGAAAUCAAAAACCUUCAAAAAACAUAAAUAAAUGAAACAAAAACGGUGACAGCUCUUCCUCACCUCUGCUUUCUCCUUGCAGGACGGAUUUGCGCCACCAGAGGAUGAUGAUAUUGAAGAAGGGGCGCAGGGGGACCAGGAGGAGUUUUAA